AUGCUUUACACUCACGCCACGAUCAUCACAGUCGACUCAAACCGACGCAUCAUUGAGGACGGUGCCAUUUGCGUCCAGAAUGACUUAAUCGCGGACAUCGGCAAGACCGCAGCCUUGAAAACUAAAUACCCCGACGAUGAGGAGUAUGACCUCACCGGCCGAAUAGUCAUUCCGGGCCUCAUCUCUACCCAUAUGCACACGGCUCAGACGCUGCUUCGCGGUGCUGCUGAUGACCUCGAGUUGGUUUCUUGGUUGUGUGAACGGAUCUGGGUGCUGCAGGGCAAUUUUACCGCCGAGGACGGAUAUGCCGCGGCGCGGUUGAGUAUUGGAGAGAUGUUGAAGUCGGGAACAACGUGUUUCCUAGAGAGUAUGUUCGCGGACCGGUACGGAUUCGAUGGUCUGGCGCGAGCCGUUGAGGAGAGUGGCAUCCGUGGCUGUUUGGGUAAGAUCGUCAUGGACAUUGCCCGGUAUGCCAAGGAUGAUGCCUGGGCCAUGCAUCCCGGACUGGUCGAAGACCGUGAGACAUCCUUGUUGGGUACGUUGAAGAUGUGGGAGAAGUGGAAUGGCAAGGCCAACGACCGCAUUCGCGUGUGGUUCGGUGCUCGCACCCCUGGAGGGGUAUCAGACACUCUGUAUCGUGAGAUGACCAGUUUAUCUCGUGAAAACGGCAUCCCCAUUACCAUGCACUGUGCCGAGGUGCGCGCCGACCGUGAUUUCUUUGCAUCCGUUAGCCAUACGCCCAUGUCGUACUGCGACUCGGUCGGCCUACUCUCGCCCUCAACAGUGUUAGUACACAUGGUGCAUCUAGACGACGACGACAUCAAGCGACUUGCAGGUUCAGGAACCCACGUCGCGCAUUGUCCGACCUCCAACGCCAAGCUCGCGUCUGGAAUCUGUCGCGUGCCGGACUUGCAGCAAGCCGGCGUCAAUAUCGGCCUCGGCACCGAUGGUGCCCCCUGCAAUAAUACCUGCGACCUUCUGCAGGAGAUGAAGCUAGCGGGUAUCAUCCAUAAGAGCUUAUCCUAUGACCCCACCGCGGUACCGGCCGAAUCUGUUCUAGAGAUGGCGACCAUCAACGGCGCCCGUGCUUUGGGAUUGGAAGAUCGGAUCGGUAGUCUGGAGGUUGGCAAGAAGGCCGAUUUUGUGGCUAUAGAUACUCGCCGUAUCCACUUGCAGCCCUGGUUUAACCCCGUUAGUGCGGUGGUCUACACGGCUACCGGUAGGGAUGUCGAUAUCGUAGUUGUGGAUGGGAAAAUGUUGGUACGUAGUGGAGAGCUGUUAACCAUGGACGAACAGGAGAUCGUGCGGGAGGCGCAGAGAAGAAGUCAAGAAGUGGUCGCCAGAGCCGGUUUGAACGAUCGAGUAAAGGCCCGGUGGCCGGUGGAAUAA